AACUUCACUAACUUUGUGGAAGUUCCCUGCAGUCCUGGUUCGCUGUGCAGGCGCGUACACCCUCUGCAGUCACAGCUAGUCUUUAUCAUGUAUGACAGCCAUGCUCCGCAGCUUCUCCUGUCUAUAUUCCUCUUCUGUUUCGGAGUGAAGGCGAUGACUGAUCACUCCUGUUAUGACACGGACUUGGUGGACAUGGUGGUUCCCGUGGAGCUCUCUGGAGAGGAGGCUCACCUGUUGCAUGACUCAUCCAGGCGCAGCGCGCGUCGGCGCGGCCAGCGCUCUGUCGAUUCCCGGGGUGGACUAAACUCUGUGGAGGACACCUUAUUUUUCUCUUUACCUGCUUUUGGAAAAGACCUGUACUUACGCCUGAAAAGGGAUGCCGCUUUUCUGUCUGAGGGGUUUGUGGUCGAGGAGAGGGGAGGCGAAACAGACCCCCCUAAAUGGUCGCACCUGGCCAGAGACCAGCUCUGCUUCUACUCGGGAUGGAUUGUCAACCACACCGACUCUUUUGCCUCCCUCAACACCUGCAGCGGUCUGACUGGACUGGUCUAUACAGGAGAGGACAGUCUCUUCAUCCAGCCGGUCAACAGUUCUUCCGACUCCUUUUCCGGGCUGCAGCACAGGGUGGUCCGACACCGCCGCUCAGCCAAGACCAGCCCUCCUUCUGCCCCUCCCCCUGGAUUCACAGCUGCAGACAAGCAGCCCAAGGACUGCGGCACCAUUCCAGUGAGAAAGAAGAGGCAGAAGGGAGUGGAGGAGGGCCGUAGAAGGAGAAACACCAUCCAUCUGAAUGGGUUGUAUACGGUAGAGACGGUGGUGGUGGCAGACUCAGACAUGGUGCAGUACCACGGGGCAGAGGCCGCGCAGAGAUUCCUGCUCACCGUCAUGAACAUGGUGUACAACAUGUUUAACAGCAAGAGUCUGGGCGUCAGAAUCAACAUACGGGUCACCAAGCUGGUCCUGCUCCACAACCGCCCAGACAAGCUGAAAGUGGGCCACCACGGAGAAAGGGCCCUGGAGAGCUUCUGUCAGUGGCAGUGGGAGGAGUACGGCGGCCCCCGUUACUUAGGCAACAAUUACGUGCCCGGGGGCAGGGAUGACAUCCCACCUGUGGACACGGCCGUGCUCGUCACUAGGACUGACUUCUGCGUGCACAAAGACCAGCCCUGUGACACAGUGGGUAUUGCCUAUCUGGGAGGGGCAUGCAGCUCCAAGAGGAAGUGUGUUCUGGCCGAGGACAACGGACUCAACCUGGCCUUCACCAUAGCCCACGAGCUGGGACACAACAUGGGGAUGAGCCACGAUGACGACCAUGCUACCUGUACAGGCCACUCCCACAUCAUGUCUGGCGAAUGGGUGAAGGGCCGUAACCCCAGCGACCUGUCAUGGUCCCCCUGCAGCCGUGACGACCUGGAGAAGUUCCUCAGGUCCAAAGCCAGCAGCUGUCUGCUCCACACAGACCCCAGAAGCCGCUACAAGGUCCGCCUGCCACCCAAGCUGCCAGGCAUGCACUACAGUGCAGACGAACAGUGUCAGAUCCUCUUUGGAACCAACGCCACCUUCUGCAAUGACAUGGAGGUACACACACAUCACCUGAUGUGCGCGGGCCUGUGGUGUUUGGUGGAAGGAGACAAGUCCUGUAAGACCAAGCUGGACCCUCCUCUGGACGGCACAGAGUGUGGAGCUGACAAGUGGUGCCGGGCAGGGGAGUGUGUAAGUAAAAGCCCUAUCCCACAGCAUGUGGAUGGGGACUGGAGCAUCUGGAGUCAGUGGAGCCAGUGCAGUAGAACCUGUGGCACCGGAGCCCAGUUCAGACAGAGGAAAUGUGACAACCCGCCGCCAGGUCCUGGUGGUAGUAACUGUCAGAAGGCCAGUGUGGAACAUAAAGUGUGUGAAGGUCCUCCCUGCCCUAAAGGAACACCCAGCUUCAGAGAGCUGCAGUGUCUCUCCCAUGACCGCCAGGCCGGCAAGAAGAAGAACAGCAUAUGGACCGCAGUCAAUAACGAUGAGAAGCCAUGUGCCCUGUUCUGUUCCCCUGUGGGGAGAGAUGCCCCCAUCCUGGUGGCAGAGAGAGUGAUGGAUGGAACACCAUGUGGACCCUACGAGUCAGACCUGUGUGUCAAUGGCAGGUGUCAGAAAAUCGGCUGCGAUGGCAUCAUCGGCUCGUCAGCCAAGGAGGACCGCUGUGGGGUGUGUAACGGAGACGGACACUCCUGUAAGAUUGUCAAGGGAGACUUCAACCACACCAAGGGCAGGGUCUCCUCUAGCCACUGUAAGAGGGUUUCUACCUGUGUGAUGGCUAAACCAAGGGCUGUCCCCAAGUGUUUCUCAUGUUACAUCGAGGCUGCUGUCAUCCCCGUUGGUGCUAGGAGAAUCAAAGUUGUGGAGGACAAGCCCUCACACAGCUUUCUGGCAAUGAAAGACUCUACCAAGAGGUCCAUCAACAGCGACUGGAAGAUCGAGCUUCCUGGAGAGUUCCAGCUGGCCGGCACUACAGUGCGCUACGUCCGGAGAGGACUCUGGGAGAAAAUGUCCGCCAAGGGACCCACCAAGACCCCGCUGUACCUCAUGGUGCUGUUGUUCCAUGACCAGACCUAUGGGAUACACUAUGAGUACACAGUGUCUCUGAACGUAACUGAACGUGAUGAUGUCAGUGAGGAGCAGAGAGCACCAGAGCACCUCUACCUUUGGACACACAGCUCCUGGCAAGACUGCAACGUACAGUGUGGAGGAGGUGAGAGGAGGACAGUGGUGUCCUGUAUGAGGCUGGUCAAUAAAAGCAUGACUCUGGUGAAUGACAGCCUCUGCCAACCAGAGAACAGGCCGUUACCCCAAGUACGACGCUGCAACUCACACCCCUGCCAGUACAGGUGGGUGACAGGGGAGUGGGGCCAGUGUUCGGUGACGUGUGGGAAGGGUCUCCAGCUGCGUGAGGUGGGCUGUGUGUACCAGCUGCAGAACGGAUCCCUUAUCCACACACGGGACUUGUACUGCCAGGGGGGCAAACCCCCCGCCCUGCAGGGCUGCGAGGGACGCCACUGCCUCACUGCCUGGGAGGCCUCUGAGUGGUCCAAGUGUUCUUCAGACUGUGGCAGUGGGGUCCGUCGGAGGACAGUGAGGUGCACCAACCCCCAGGGGAACUGUGACCCCCUCUCUCAGCCUGCUGACCAGGAGCCCUGUGAGGACCACUCCAAAUGUUACGAGUGGAAGACUGGGGACUGGUCCAAGUGCUCAUCAUCCUGUGGGAAGGGCCUGCAGUCCAGAGUGGUCCAAUGUAUGCACAGAGUGACAGGUCGCCACGGUAAUGACUGCCCCGUGGUGUUCAGACCACCCACCUACCGGCCCUGUCACCAGGGGGCCUGCAAUGACAAAGUCAACGUCAACACCAUCACCUCCCCCAGAUUAGCUGCUCUGACCUACAAGUGCACAGGAGACCAGUGGACUGUGUACUGCCGUGUGAUCCGAGAGAAGAACCUGUGCCAGGACAUGAGAUGGUACCAGCGCUGCUGCGACACCUGCAGAGACUUCUACGCCAACAAAACACCCCGCAAGAGUUAAUGAUGAAAGCACUCACACACAUACUGUACACAGACAGACACACACUUCACCUAGGGCUACGACUUUAGAUGCUUCUGUAACACUUGACUUAAAGCUUGCGGGUAUAAUGCUUUGUAAGUCGUUAUAAGCAUGAAUGAGCCUUUAUAAUGUGUUAUAAUAAGGCUUAUGAUAUGAUAUGUCUCUCUAUGUAUCAGCAUGUUAACCGACUCAAAAUGUCUGUUAUUUAGCCUGCUUCAGGAGAUGAUACUAAAUAUUGUAAGGGUCUCGUGGCAGGUCUUUAUGCCGGCAGGCUUUAAGUAAAGAGUUACGGAUGUUUCUACUGAAUUAUUCAGAUUCUUAUUAUUAAUUAUAGGACAUUCAAUUUUGGAGAAAACAAGUGGAAAUGAGUGCAGAGACCAUUUCAAGUGGGAUCAUAAGCUUGCUGUUGUCAUGAAGACUUGAAAACCUUCUGUAACUUGUUUUAUUGCUGUAAACCAAAGCGAGGGACUUGGAAGUCUGGGGAGUCUCUCGGUGGGUAGCCUGUCGCAUCAACGUUUGUUGUACAGUGUGAUUUAACAUUAGCGUUAACAUAUGUGAUAACUCUUUAUGUGGAAAGGUCAUUGUUGUCAGAUUGUCUAUAGAUGCUCAGUGAACUAUCAGAACAUGUCUGAUCUUCUUCCCCGGGCCCUGAAGAAGUGGAUGUGGAUUAAGGCAGCCACCCUCACCUCUCUGAUUCGGAGGGGUUGGGUUAAAUGCGGAAGACACAUUUCAGUUGAAUACAUUCAGUUGAACAACUGACUAGGUAUCCCCCUUUCCCUUACUUACAUAGAUAGAAUGUAUGUACAUCACAGGAGGCUGGUGAGGGGAGGACUGCUCAUAAUAAUGGCUGGAAUGGAAUGGUAUCAAAUGUUUGAUGUGUUUGAAACCAUUCCAUUUAUUCCGUUCCAUCCGUUACUAUGAGCCCAUCCUUCCCAAUUAAGGUGCCACCAGCCGCCUGUGACAUACAUACAGUACUUACACACACAUACAUUAAAAGACCUGUAAGGGCUUUGUUAUUGCAUGUUAACAGAGGUGCAGUUGACAUGUAAUACAUCUAAAUGGUAGUUGGUACGUAGUCUGAGCAUGUAGAUCUGUAGGGGACUAUCCAGAUAAAGUGGGCCUGUAUAUUCUCUUGUGUUUAGUUCAGCUGGCCCUGUAUUCACCAAGCCACUGGCUGGCCACUCACUAGACUGGGCCAAGAGACCUGGCUCGUGUUCAUUAGGCACCAGAUGGACUGAAACAGGUAGGGACUACUUGAACUUGUUCAAUAAGAAACGCUCAUUUUCUUUUUUCCGCUGCAACGUUUGAAAACUUUUCCCAUUGUGUGCUUUGAUGAACAUGACCCGGGUUUCUUCUCUUAGGGACAAACCGUAACUUGAUGUCUUGAGAGAACGUGAAUUUCGCAUUGACAUCAAUCCAUAAGCUAAGUCUUAGUUACACAUUUGGAUCUCAAGUUAGGAUUUGUCCCUUAGUUCCACGAUAGAUUAUGUGUACUUACAUUUUGUUGUUGUUUUUUGUUGAUGUCAUUGUCAUUUUUUGGCGGUUGUUGUUAUUUAAAACUAGUCAGGAGCCGUUGUAAGGUACUGUAGUUCUACAUUGAAAUGAUCAAGUUAACGAUAGGAUAGGCCUGGUUCACUAUUCCCUAGGCUCACCUGAAGGCCUUGGACAGCCCAUGUAGCAUCCGUCUCUCUCCUGAGGAUCCAAUGUAGGAGACAGUGCAGUGGUGGGGGUGUAAUUUAAGAGAAGAUUAGAUGUAUCUUAAGUUACUGUCGUCCAACAGUUAACCACAUACAGUGUAUUCAGUACUGUAUAUGUGAGUGGAAUCCACAACCCAGUGUCAUUAACAACUUGCUCCAACUACGCUCCAUGAACCAACUGAGCAAUCUGGGUGAAGCAGGUUGCAGCUAUAUUGUUAGGUUCAAUGUAAAACACAAAUCCCUGUAUCAUGUGUGUAUCUGUUGUCCUCCCUUGGUGCUUGGUACAUCGUCAUGACGUAAACUAGUCUCUGGUUUUAAACUUCACACUUACUCCAAACCAGGUGUUUGUUAACAUUUCCAUACAUCAUGAAACUUGAAAUUGGUUUUAACUAUUAAACAGUAAUUCAAACACAAUGUGAGGCUUACACCGAUUUCAACAGCUUGUCCUUAUGCAUGAGUGUGGCAAACGUAGACGUCACAAACAUCUACAUGUAAACAUUAAUGGAGGCAGCGUUAUGUUUGCUACAAAAUGAUGGUGCAGUAGAUAACUGACUGUAAAUAAUGUACAGUUAGUUAUCACAGACAUUCUUUAUCCAUAAAUGACGAAGUGUCUCCAGUUGUGUUCCCGUUUUACAGAUUAUGACUUAAAGGGGUAAUCUCCAGUUGUGUUCCCGUUUUACAGAUUAUGAUUUAAAGGGGUAAUCUCCAGUUGUGUUCACGUUUUACAGAUUAUGAUUUAAAGGGGUAAUCUGCAGUUGUGUUCCCGUUUUACAGAUUAUGAUUUAAAGGGGUAAUCUGCAGUUGUGUUCCCGUUUUACAGAUUAUGAUUUAAAGGGGUAAUCUGCAGUUGUGUUCCCGUUUUACAGAUUAUGAUUUAAAGGGGUAAUCUGCAGUUGUGUUCACGUUUUACAGAUUAUGAUUUAAAGGGGUAAUCUCCAGUUGUGUUCACGUUUUACAGAUUAUGAUUUAAAGGGGUAAUCUCCAGUUGUGUUCCCGUUUUACAGAUUAUGAUUUAAAGGGGUAAUCUGCAGUUGCUACAUACAUUUUUUGAUUUAUAAAUGAGCUCAGGUCAACUGUCUUCCCCAUCAGAACCCCAAAUGCUUGUUUUACAUGUAAACAAACACUAUGAAGCCUUAAAACAUGGUUUAAACUAUCAGCUUCAUAUCAUGGAUGGUCAGUCCUUGCAUCCAUAGCUCGGUCUAUGAAUUUGAUAGUGGUUACAUUUCUCCAGACUUUUUUGAUUGUUUAAACUGCUGAUUGACGCUUUCCAAGUGUAUUACGUAACAUUCAGCACUGUAGUGUAUAUCUUUGGCACUGGCCUAGUUCUCCUGGUUCUUGGAGUUGGCUGAAGCAGAAACAGAUCUAGAGUUACCCCCAGGUAGAGACCCUGUCCCUCAGGUAGAGACCCUGUCCCCCAGGUAGAGACCCUGUCCCCCAGUUAGAGACCCUGUCCCCCAGGUAGAGACACUGACCCCCAGGUCAGGAAGACCCCAGGCAGAGACCUUGGCCCCCAGGUCAGGAAGCCCCCAGGCAGAGACCUUGGCCCCC